CCAGACUUCCUUUCUUUCAAAACACAUCACUUGUCACAAGCUAUGUCGGGAGAUGUCAGAAUAGCGGAGUUGAUCCACUCUAGCAAGGCUUUUCGGUUGCAGGACGAUUCCAUUGCUGAAAGACCAAUUAACAGAGACUGUGCCCUUGAGGACUUGAAGAAAUUCCGACAGUCAUUCAAGUUACACAUAUCUACAGAAGAGGAAACAUCAAGGGAGAAAAGGUUCAACAAUAACAAUACAGGUGUAAUUAGUGGCAUAAGUUCAGAAGAGUCAUUUACACCAGAUACAUCAUCUUAUGAGAAGAAAACAGAUAUGAGUGGAGUAAAUAUGGACGAUAAUAAAUGCCAAGAGAACAAGGAAAGUCUUUGUAAUGGUGAUAUGGAUCCUCCAGUUGAAGAYAUAUUCCAGCCACCUGCCAUCUCUGAUAAUAAGGUGAAGAAGAAGAAAAAGAAGAAAAGGGCCAGUGAUAGUCUGUGUGGAGGAUUUCAUGAUAUUUAUAAACUGACAGGAGAAGUUCUUGGUCAAGGGGCCAAUACUGUUGUACAGAGUUGUAUAAAUACAAUGACAAACCAUGAAUAUGCUGUAAAGAUUGUUCAAAAAUCAGCAAGAGUAGAAAGAAAGAGGAUUCUGAAUGAAAUAGAAUUACUGUACCACUGUAAAGGACACAAAAAUAUAUUGGAGUGUAUUGAAUACUUUGAAGACAAAGACAAGUUCUACAUGAUCUUCGAAAAAAUGAAAGGAGGUCCUUUAUUGAAGCACAUCGAGAAGAGAAAAGUUUUCACCGAGAAAGAAGCCAGCAUGGUUGUAAGAGACAUUGCAUGUGCUCUGGACUUCUUACACCAGAAGGGUAUUGCUCAUAGGGAUCUUAAACCAGAGAAUAUUCUUUGUGCUUGUGCAAAUCAGGUUUCUCCAGUAAAGAUAUGUGACUUUGAUCUUGCCAGUGGUAUAGAUGGACUUAGCACCUCUGUGACCACACCUGAGCUACAAACUCCUGUUGGCUCAGCUGAAUACAUGGCACCAGAGGUGGUAGAAGCCUUCAAGACCAUGGCCACAACAUAUGACAAGAAAUGUGAUCUCUGGAGCCUAGGAGUUAUUCUGUACAUCAUGUUAUCAGGACACCCUCCUUUCUAUGGUAAAUGUGGUAGUGAAUGUGGAUGGGAAAAGGGAGAAAGUUGCACAGCCUGUCAGGAAAUGUUACUGCAAAGAAUUCAGGAAAGUGUGUAUGAGUUUCCAGGAAAGGAGUGGGAAGGUAUCUCAUGCCAUGCUAAAGAUUUGAUCUCCCAUUUGUUGGUGAGGGAUGCCACUAAGCGAUAUACAGCAGAGAUGGUGCUUGGCCAUCCCUGGAUAGACAUGGCUACUCAUACAGUAUUAGCUACCCCAACUCUCCUCAGCAG